AUGUCUCAGUCUCCUAGCCUUCUGGAGAAGAGAGAUAAGUGCAUUGAGCUUUAUUUCGAGAAGUUCCAUUCCCAUUGGCCUUUUGUUCAUAGAGCAUCAUUUUAUGCGCCACGUGAGGUGCCUUUAAUGGUGCAGUCGAUGAUUGUUAUUGGUCUAUGGGCUAGUGGUGAGCAGGCCUCGCAAUCCGCCGCGAAAGAUCUUCACAAUAAGAUUGAUGCAGCUAUCCGAGAGCAGACGGGGAAAUGGGACGCUACGGAUCAUGAAGUUUCCAGCAAUUGUCGCUGGCCACUGGCGACAUUGCAAGCAAUCCUAUUGCAUAUCAUAUUCUCUUGCAUGAUAGAAAGUCAGCACAACUCUGACUUCGAGCUCAAAGCCUCUGUCACCCCGCAUACUACUGAACUACUUGCCGCGCUCAUCCGAAGCUGCAGAAAGCUUGGGAUGUUCUACUUCCCCAAUAUCCUCGCUCAAUAUCGGGAAACUGGCGACGAAGCUUUGGCUUUUUUGUUUAUUGAAGAGGUCAAGCGAUUUAAUCUUUCAUUGUACAAACUCGGCAGUAAAUUGAGCCUUACAAACAUUGGGCAUCUGGGAUCUAUACAGGAAGACUCACUUACCCUGAAUUGGUGGGUUGCAACAAAUGAGCUUCAAUUCCCAAUGCCAAAAAGCCGUCUUGUUUGGGAUGCCGCUACUAGAGAUGAAUGGAAUCGUGUAGUGCCUGCUGGAUCGAUUGGACUUGAGCUAAACGACGUCGCCGAAAAUAGUUGGAUAUCGAAAUCCUCUGAGUUAUUAGAGUAUUUUUAG